CGCUGCGGAGGGUGGGGGCGACCCGGCCCGGCCCAGCUCUGCCCCCGGCCGGCCCGACCCCGGCCCCGGCCCCUGGACAAGCCCUUAUCUGAUUCCAGCUCCGGGUUUAAGAGUCCUGGCCCUGCCCGUCGCACGGCUCUGCUCUUCCCUCCUGCCCGCCCCGUCCGUCCAUCUGUCCCGCUGCCCCGCAGCCCAUCCGAGGGACCACUUCACCUUCGACCCAAGAUGACAUCAGUUGCCAAGGUGUAUUACAGCCAGACCACUCAGACAGAAAGCCGGCCCCUAGUGGGCCCACCUAUACGACGGCGGAGAGUCCUCACAAAAGAUGGUCGCAGCAAUGUGAGAAUGGAACACAUUGCUGACAAGCGCUUCCUCUACCUCAAGGACUUAUGGACAACCUUCAUCGACAUGCAGUGGCGCUACAAGCUCCUGCUCUUCUCUGCAACCUUUGCAGGCACCUGGUUCCUCUUUGGUGUUGUAUGGUAUCUGGUGGCUGUGGCCCACGGGGACCUACUGGAACUGGGUCCCCCUGCCAACCACACCCCUUGUGUGGUACAGGUACACACACUCACUGGAGCCUUCCUCUUCUCCCUUGAGUCCCAGACCACGAUUGGCUAUGGGUUCCGCUACAUCAGUGAGGAGUGCCCGCUGGCCAUUGUGCUUCUUAUUGCCCAACUGGUGCUCACCACCAUCUUGGAAAUCUUCAUCACAGGUACUUUCCUGGCGAAGAUUGCCCGACCCAAGAAGCGUGCAGAAACCAUUCGUUUCAGCCAGCAUGCAGUCGUAGCCUCCCACAAUGGGAAGCCCUGCCUUAUGAUCCGGGUUGCCAAUAUGCGUAAGAGCCUCCUCAUUGGCUGCCAGGUGACAGGAAAACUGCUUCAGACUCAUCAAACCAAGGAGGGUGAGAACAUUCGGCUCAAUCAGGUCAACGUGACUUUCCAAGUAGACACAGCCUCCGACAGCCCCUUCCUCAUUCUGCCCCUUACCUUCUACCAUGUGGUAGAUGAGACCAGUCCCUUGAAAGAUCUCCCCCUUCGUAGUGGUGAAGGUGACUUUGAGCUGGUGCUGAUCCUAAGUGGUACAGUGGAAUCCACAAGUGCCACCUGCCAGGUGCGCACUUCCUACCUGCCUGAGGAGAUUCUUUGGGGUUAUGAGUUCACACCUGCCAUCUCACUGUCAGCCAGUGGCAAAUAUAUAGCUGACUUCAGCCUUUUUGACCAGGUUGUGAAAGUGGCCCCUCCUAGUGGCCUCCGUGACAGCACUGUACGCUAUGGAGACCCUGAAAAGCUCAAGUUGGAGGAGUCAUUAAGGGAGCAAGCUGAGAAGGAGGGCAGUGCCCUAAGUGUGCGCAUCAGCAACGUCUGAUGGUCUGUUCCCACCUCCCCAGCCCUCUGGUCUCUUUUCCUCUUUCGAUGCCCUGGGCAAGGGAUACUACCUAGGGUCACUGGAGAGUUCCAGAAGCAUCCAUCCUCCACUCUCCCUUCUUCAACACAGAGGCCUGUUGGAAGUCUGGGCCAACUGGAGUUCAAGUUUUCCUCCCUUUGUCCCCCUUCACCUCCCCCUGCUUCUACCCCAAUGCACACAACUCCCUUACACCAGGAUGGGUGAAGGAAAGGGAAGAUUAGGUUGAAUUGGCUUAAAAGGCCUCAGCCAUGCUUGGAGACUUACAUUAGAAGGACCAUGUGGUUGGAUGGAUAGACUCUGCCCAUCUUCUGCCACCACAAGUGUUUGUUGACUUGAGGUUGGAGCCCUCUCCAUCUGUUUCUGUCUAGCCAGUUCCUUAAGGAAAGAAUAUCUCUAAUGGUCACUUUGUAGUCUGUGCUCUCAGAAAUACAGGAAUCUGAAAUCAGUGUAUCCUGGGGAUUCUACCAACCUCUAUUGAAAGCAACUAGUUUGUCAUGGUGUAUUUAAUUUUUGUUGGUAACUUUGGGUCAUAACCUGGGCCCUUGGUCCCUACCAUUUUCUCCUUUCUAGUUCUCAAGUGGACACUCUUAGGAUAACCAGUUCUCUCAGUUUCUAUUCCCAGAGAAUCAAGAGUAACUCAAGAAACAUAUACAGUCAUGACCCCCACACCUGCACCCAUCCUGGAUUCUAAAUCUUCAGUGCUGGAGCUCUUGUCUAAAACUCUGAACCUAUCCACCAGGUAGCCCUGGGAAAAUUUGUUUCCCUGUAUUCUGUGAAUGGGAGGAUCCUAGCCAAUAUGUUCCCUUGAAUAAGUUCAGUAACCAAACCCCAUGAAAAGGCCUGAAAAUGAUACUGCAGAUUGCACUGUACCUGACUUCUCUUCUUCCUUUCCUGUUCAGCCCAGACCCCUCUUCCCUUAACCCCAAGCCUUUAGUGAAAGAAAGAGAAAUGUGAGGGCUUCCCUCUUUUAACACAGAUAUUCAACUAAAACUAGAUCCACAGGGCACAGACUCCUCAGGAAAGUUAAACCAACCACAUGGGAUGGGUAACUUCUUGGAUUUCCACACUGCUGUACAGACCCUCUGGGAAUUGGUGAUGCUUUGUUGAGGUUUGUGCAGAAGCAGAACUCUGGCUGGCAACUACUAUUUUGUUAUACCUCCUGGUGUCUUUCUGAAAAGUGCCAGUUAUUUCACCAGGCAAUGCUGGGAGGGGAGGAAAUUAUACCCAUGAUCUCCUACUGAGACUUGGUAUAAAAAUCAUGAAAAUCAGCAUCAAUUCUACUCUCUUCUGCCAUGCAGCUAGUUUCAGGCAAGUUAAAAAGCCACUUUAAGAGAUGAUUCAGGCCAUUCCUUAUUUCCUGGUGGCAAGUAUGGUAGGGGUCCUAGAAGGGCAUAUAGACACCAGAACUUUCUGUAAUAUCCCAAAUCUUAUGAGUGAUUUCUGGUCUCAUUUACAUAUAAAGGAACCCUUUCAAAGUUGUUUGGUAUAGAAUCCCAGUAUGAAUCAAGUGGCAGUUUAUUCAAGGUGAACUUGACCAAUUGUUACAAGCUACACACUUAAACAGAGUGUAUAUGUGCAUCUCUGUGCAGAACCUUGCAGAAAAUCUCACUCAGUCUUAAGGCUGGACCUAUUUCAACUGGCGUAUUCCUCUCAUAUGAAUCCCUCCUUGAACUCAACUAACUUUAUCUUGAAAAUGAAGACCCUUCAGUCUCCACUUACUGUAAACCCCACCAUUACUGUCCAGCUCUCAUAAAAAUAAGAACUAGAAAAACUUGAAAAUCUGAAGCAAAGAACAGAAGGCAAGGAGCCAACUUCUGUGCUUUCAACAUUAUUCAACAUUAAACUUAUUCGAUUUCUUUCAACAUGUAAGGACAAAAUGUACUGCAGUGUGUGUGUGUGUGUGUGUAUGUGUGUGUGUGUGUGUGUGUUCUUAUCAAUUUGUUCCCCAUCUGGUUUCUUCUGCAUAUUGUUGCUUCCCUCCUGAAGAAGUAUUCUCUUCCUGUUCCCCUGCUGCCUAUUCUAAGCCCCACCCCGGCUCUCAGAUUCCUGAAUAACAAGGUACUGAGAACAUUUUCUGAUUUAAUCCUUUUUGAACCUCCUCUGCUAUCCCAGGCUUUGCUUUGAGUUGCACUUUAAAUCAUACUGUCCAAUUAAUGCAAUCUGGCAUCUUCUCCAAUAAGCCCCUUCUUCCCCAAGGAACAGUUUCUCCCACCCUCAAUCCUAAAAGGUUCUUUAGACUUCAGUCUGUCUUCUCUGUUCUGGAAUCCUCUUUCGAGGGUUUAGGAAAACAUUUGGAAGUAGCUGGGUCUGGAGAGAAAUGUGCCCUGUCUACAACAGUCAUAGACUUGGAAUGUCAGCAGAGUAGUAGGCACAAAUGUUAAGGGGGAGAUUUCAAAGGUGGGUAAAAUAACUGAUGGGAAAGGAUACCCAGGGUAUGAAGAUGAGAAAGAAUGGGGCUGAAGAACUUAAUGAAAUCAAUGAAACCCUUGAGACUUACUUGGGCUGGCAAACAAGGGAUGGGCAGAGACUUGGGGAAUUAGGAUAUGAUACAUAAGAAAGGUUUAUCUAAGGAGAAAAAAGAGGUAAUAUAUAAAGAGAGAUAUGUAUAAAGAUGUAUAUAGGCCCAAAUAUACUGAAUGUACAGAAAGGAAGUAUUCAGAGACCUUAAAAAAGGGGGCAGAUAUUUUUGCCUUGGUUGUGGAGUAUGACACCAAAUUUUCAGACUUAUAGUGAUCCUGGUUUCAACAUGGAAUGAGAUGGUUGAUGGAUUUCAGGUUUUGUGCUGGGAAAGAGAGGGAUGGAAGCUCCUUUUCAGAAAUAAAGAGGCAUCUGUUAAUGGUUUUGAUGAACCUCUGCUACUGAGAGGAUCAGGAAGAGAGGAGCUUGGAGGAAAUGGGUGGGAGGAGAUACUCUAUCCAUGGAAAUCUAGGAAAAUCUACUACUUCAACUGUGCCCGAAUCCCCAGCAGCAUCCUCCUAUUGUAGCACCUUUUAAAAUAAAUAAAAUAAACAAAUAAAUAAAUAAAUGCACACAUGCUUCCCUUUCA